GAAAAGAAAAAGAAGAAGAUAGGAAAAAAUGACGUGGCAAACUUACGUUGAUGAGCAUUUGAUGUGUGAUGUUGGAGAUGGUCAGGGUCAUCACCUAACCGCUGCAGCAAUCGUUGGUCAUGACGGUAGCGUUUGGGCUCAGAGCGCCAACUUCCCUCAGUUCAAGGCACAAGAGUUCACUGGUAUAAUGAAGGAUUUUGAUGAACCGGGUCACUUAGCCCCCACAGGGUUAUUUCUAGCAGGGGCCAAGUACAUGGUGAUCCAAGGUGAGCCUGGUGCUGUAAUCCGUGGCAAGAAGGGAGCAGGAGGCAUAACCAUAAAGAAAACAGGACAAUCAUGUGUGUUUGGGAUCUAUGAAGAGCCCGUGACACCAGGACAGUGCAACAUGGUCGUCGAGAGGCUGGGUGAUUACCUCCUCGAACAAGAUCUCUAAGCCACCAACCUCAUCAAACUAAUAUAUAGGAUUUGGUUUUUGGUUUCUGGAUUCUCUCUAAGAAGCUGAAGCCUUAAUCAAUGUCUGAUUCUUAAAAAAUGGUUUUCUUGGUUUCAUACAUUUCAUUUUUUUUUUCUUGUUUAACAUAUUUAAUUAAUUUUCUAUUGCUUUUUAACCAAUUGCAUUUUUCUUUCUAUUGCAUCCAAACUCGGUGGUCAUAUGUAGUUGAACAUCGAUCUA